AUGACUUCCACUAUCCCCGACGAUAGAAACGAAGAAAGACGACGCAGGGUGCUACUCGGUCCUCUUCCUGCUGGCUUUCUACGUGCAGAUGGAACCACAGAAAAUGUAGAUGCAGAUUAUCAGGCUGCACUUGCUUUGCAACAGCAACUGAGCGGAUCAGCUAUGCCGCCGGCUGGUCCACCUCUCACAGCUAGAUUGAGUAUAACAAUUGUUCAGGCGAAACUCGUCAAAAAUUAUGGCCUUACACGCAUGGAUCCGUAUGUACGCCUGCGCGUUGGUCACUGCAUCUACGAAACCCACACUGAUCCCAGCGGAGGCAAGACACCCAGAUGGAACAAAGUAAUCCAUUGCCUCCUCCCUCCUGGCGUAAACUCUGUUUACUUGGAAAUAUUUGAUGAAUGCUCCUUCACGAUGGAUGAGCUCAUAGCCUGGGCUCAUAUCACUAUACCACCUGCAGUACUUAAUGGGGAGACCCAUGAAGACUGGUAUCCUUUGAAUGGUAAACAAGGUGAUGGUGCCGAGGGAAUGAUCAAUCUUGUACUCAGCUACUCGAAAAAAUACAGAUUUCGUCCAAAAUCAAACACUUUGGCAGCAGCUAUUGAUUUAGUAAGGGGUUUGAAAAAUAAAAUAGACCAGAAACAGGUGGGUCCGGCGGCGGUGAGCACGUUCCCACCUGUACUAGUGGUGCCGAGCACCGGUAUGGGUUACGCGGCGAUGCCGAUGUACCCGCACGUGGCCCAGCCUCCCCACCACGCGCCCGCCCCCCCGCAGCCGAUGCCGCAGCCACAGCACCAACCGGUCACACCUGAACAGCUGCAGCAGAUCGAAGAAAUGUUCCCGAGCAUCGACAAAGAAGUUAUAAAAUCAGUUCUGGAAGCGAACCGCGGUAACAAAGAUGCCACCAUCAACUCCCUGCUGCAAAUGUCAGAAUAG